AUGUAGCUAUUCUAAACCACGCCUCCUCAGUUACUCACACAUCAACAUGGCGACAUGCAGGAAGAUGGGGCGAAGCAGGAGAAAUAUUUGUGCUUUUUCUCUGGUUAUUUUCCUCCAGCUGUUAGCUAACGGCUGCCUGUCCCUUCCAGUAUCUACGACAGCAGUAAAGGAGAAUCAGGAACAUAUCACAACUCAAAAUUUUACCAGUGUGAAGAAAAGUACCAUACAGCCGUCGCCACCUGAACAGAGUGCGGCACCUGUAACAGAUCCCAAGAACCCUGCAACACCUAUUGGCAAUGACUCCACAACAGCAGAAACAGUGUCUUUUAAAGACAACACAACAGCACAAGGGAACGGAAACGCACAUGAUGUCACAAUCUUUGCUACUUCUGCUGAUCAGCCUAAGCAAGAACCUGUCAGCACUGCGGACGGAAAAACAAAUGGGGCUAUCCCUAGCAGUGUUAACACAACAGUGAAGCCUGCUGUUUCUGAAGACAUUCCAGCCUCUACUCCAAAAGCUGCCACCACCUCUGUGAUGGAGGAGCCAGAACCACCUGUCCUCGACUCUAAUCCCUCCAAGGCACAGAACCCGUCCCCAGUGCAGGACACUGAACCACAGCUGCCACAGACCACUGAUAAAGGACCAACAUCUGACAUUGUCCCGUUGGGUGGUUUCUCUAAUGAGGGCAGAGAUGACGAUGACGACGAUGACAUAGGCAUUGCGGUCGAAGAAGACGAUGGUGAAGAUGACGAUGACGAUGAUGAAGGUACCUACAUGGAAGGUGACACUGACAACAAUGACAACAAUGACGGCGAAUAUGAUGUUGGUGACAAUGCCAAAGACCAGACUAUGAACAGGAACCAGCAGUCAGACAGGGUAGAGGUGACCCUUUACAAGGGAGCAGACAACUACAGCACUGAGGAUGAGGACUCCCACUUCUUCUUUCAUCUGGUCAUCCUGGCUUUCCUGGUGGCCAUCGUCUACAUCACCUAUCACAACAAGAGAAAGAUCUUCCUCCUGGCUCAGAGUCGGCGCUGGAAGGACAGCCUAUGUUCCCGCAACAACGUGGAGUAUCACCGUCUUGACCAGAACGUCAAUGAGGCCAUGCCGUCCCUCAAGAUGACCCGAGACUACAUUUUUUGAUCCACGUUUAGAGGACCAAUAUCUCAUCUAGACCUACACAGAGCCAGUCGGCCUCCCUUCCUGACCAGUCGCACUGUCAGGAUCCUGUGCUUUGUCGUGGAGCUUGAUUGAUGCUUUCUCUUGCUUUACAAACCGGCUGGAGAGCAGGUGGUGGUGUGUUUUUGGGGUAGAAUUAUGUUCAGGAUUUUGUAUUUGUCUGCAGUGAGAGAUUUUUACUCUUCAUCUCUAAUUCAUAUUUGUUAUAUUUUAAUGUUAUUUCUCAUUUGUUUUUCUAAAUUAAUAACUUCUUGGGAUUAAUAUCUUCGUUUAUUAGAGGUCUUAUAUUUGUCUAUUUUUUUAGUGUUUCAGCCUUAUGGUCCCCCUGCACCUAUUUUUGUUUUCUUUCUUGCAUACUGUCUUAAUAUAAUUUAAUACUCAAUUUAAGAGUGAUUUACAUGUAAACGUAACUUUUAGGUCAAAACAUAAUGCUUAAUUAUAACAGUCAAUCGUUGUCCCCAAGAUUAACAAUAGAUUUCUCUCUCAGCAGUUAGCCAAGAUAUGAAUUGACACGAUAUGAUUGUUUUCAGAACACUUGUUGUGUCAUGCAUACCUUUCGUAUUGUAAAGGUAUAAGUAUGCAAACAAAGCAGCAGUCUAGGAGAAGCAGAUACAUAAAUGUAUAUGCAGUCAUUCCAGAAACAGUUCAUCACUCAUGCUGAAAUGAUCUCUGUAUGUCAUAGAUCUACUGCAAGUACUGUACAAUGUAAAAAAAAGAAACCUUCACACAGAAACAUAUAUACACACACACACACACACACAUAUAUAUAUAUAUAUGAAUUCCUUAGUGUUUCAUAUGAAAUUAAUUGGACAAUUUCUUUUUCUUUUUUUCCAACCAUCACCUUGCACCUUUGCAGAAAAUGCAUAGUAGCCUUUUCAUUUUGAUUUUACUUUAUCUAAGUGACGAAAAAUCCAUUUUACAUUUGAAAAAUUAAGCUGCACGUUAAGCAUUAAGUCAAGGAAUUUGACUACUCUUCAUGCGAGGGGUAGGUUCAUGUGCUUAAGCCAUUUAAAUGAAGACAGCCACUGUAUAUCGUUCAGGUUAGAAUGUAAUAAUAAUGUAUGGGAGAAGCUUUUAUUGCCAGACUUUUUCCUUGCUCAUCAGUUUAUAUUUAACUUGUCUUAUAUGGCAUCUCUUCUACUUCUACUGCCCAGAUUUUGCUAUGCAGAAAUCGUGGGGCUGGCCCUCUUUGUUUUAUGACUUCGGUGAAGUCUCUUAUCAGUCAUUUAUGGUCUUCUUUAUGGUGCGAAGUGACGGCUGUGUUCCCUCCUGCUCGCACAGUACCUUUCAUUUUUAGUUACCUCCUGUCAAAGUACAAACUUGGUGGACUUCAUCACUUGGUCAAUUCAUCAGAAAUUUUGCACCCUCUGUGUGGCUUGAUGUUAUCAUGAGCACCAAAAGAAAAAACCCACAUGCAAACACAAAAAGACCACAUUGUUUUUUUCUCACUUAUACUCUUUCCUGUUCAUCACAGCUACGUUUUUUUUUCUGCCUGUUGCUGUCUCAUGCCUUCAGUUAAAUUGCCACAACUGCCACAUGAAUCCACAUACUUGUUAUCAAUCUCUUGUCGCCUUCUGUCUGUUGUUUUCAUCUGUCUUUGUAUACCAGGUACACAGUGGGUAGAUAGAUAACACGAUUUGCACUGUGCCAUUCAGUCAUACUAGCUAGAAUAUGAGGGUGAGAGGUGUCUUUUGUAGAGGUGAUGGAUCAGCACUGCUCUUGCAAUCAACAGUAGGAAACUGUACAAUCUUUUUUUUUUUUGUCAAUAAAGCACAAAUUGUGUACAGACUC